AACAGUUAUUACCUGUUAGAACCAAACCAGAAAUCCAGAAUUCACUUUGGCAAGGACUCUAGAUAGAUGGUUGGUACAACAGGAAUAGGAACUGAGAGAGGCAAUCCCUUGCUGAGGAGAGAAAGGUUAAUUUAGUGUAACUGCAAAGUUGAUGCCAUAUGGAUCUGAUUCUGCCUGAAAUUCGAACUGGCCCGAGUAUCCCAGGCGUUAAACAUUAACAUAGCACUCCUCCUGGUUAAAAAUAACAGUCAGGCCUGAGUUCAGUUUUUUCCUAUGUCCUUAUAUUUUCCUAUGUCCUUAUUCUUAGCUCUCUCUUUUUCUCUGGCAAGAGGAGAUGAUAGUAGUAUUUGCUGAAUAAGAUUUUUGCAAUAAGGAAAUGAGAAAAUAUCUGUAAAGGGCUCAGCGUAGUUCUUGCUAUCUAAAGUUUAAUCAGUGGUAACUAUUGUUACACUUGUUUUAAAAAUGAAAGUUGCAGACAUUGUGAUAUUACAAUUCCUUGUAAAAACUGAAAGUGAAAAUACUUCCGUGAGUCUUGAUUCGGUCUACCAGUUCUGUCUGUGUCUUCCUACUUCCCCUAGAAAAUCUGCCUUUGUAAAUGUAUGUUGUGUGUGCCUGCAUGUGUUUCCUGCUGCCUGCACUUCUACUCCACACAAAGGUGGAGAUGGGGAGUUGUCAUCACCAGGUUUCAAGAUGCUGCGAGUACAGAGGAUAAGACUGGGCAGGCCGGGUCUCAGCCUCUCCAAAGGUCUCCACCACAAAGCUGUGAUGGCCCUUAGGCGAGAGGAUGUCAAUGCCUGGGAGAGAAGGGCACCUCUGGCACCCCGGCACAUCAAAGGGAUCACCAAUCUGGGAUACAAGGUCUUGAUACAGCCUUCUAAUCGGCGGGCCAUUCAUGAUAAGGAAUAUGUCAAAGCUGGUGGCAUUCUUCAGGAGGACAUAUCUGAAGCUUGUCUAAUUUUGGGAGUUAAAAGACCACCAGAGGAAAAAUUAAUGUCCAAGAAGACUUACGCAUUCUUCUCCCACACAAUCAAAGCACAGGAGGCCAAUAUGCAGUUGCUGGAUGAGAUUCUAAAACAGGAAAUUCGGCUUAUUGAUUAUGAGAAAAUGGUGGAUCAUAGAGGAUCGCGAGUAGUGGCAUUUGGACAGUGGGCAGGUGUGGCAGGGCAGAGACAUGAUAGAAGUGUAUGGUGGAGGAAAGCUGCUGACCUUACAGCAGCCAGGAAGCAGAGAGAAGGAGAGAGGAGCUGGGGACAAGAGUGCACUCUUUCAGGGAUGAUCAACAUUCUACAUGGAAUGGGUUUAAGGCUCCUUGCUUUGGGACAUCACACACCUUUUAUGGGAGCCCAAGAAGUCUUUAACCAACUACCCUGUGAAUAUGUGGAACCUCAUGAAUUAAAAGAAGUUUCCAAAACUGGAGACCUCAGAAAAGUGUAUGGGACAGUGUUAAGUCGCCAUCAUCAUCUUGUCAGGAAAACAGAUGGUGUAUAUGAUCCUGUAGAGUAUGACAAAUAUCCAGAGCGCUAUAUUAGUCGUUUUAAUUCUGAUAUUGCACCCUAUAUCACCUGUUUAAUUAAUGGAAUCUACUGGGAGCAAAAUACCCCUCGCCUGCUAACCCGCCAGGAUGCUCAAAGUCUCCUGGCUCCAGUCAAGUCCUCAGUGACUGCUAUUGAAGGCUGCCCUGAAUUACCACACAAACUGGUGGCAAUCUGUGAUAUUUCAGCUGACACAGGAGGCUCUAUAGAGUUUAUGACUGAAUGUACUACAAUAGACCAUCCUUUCUGCAUGUAUGAUGCAGACCAGCAUAUUAUUCAUGACAGUGUUGAAGGCUCUGGGAUUCUGAUGUGUUCCAUUGACAAUUUGCCAGCACAGCUUCCAAUCGAAGCUACAGAAUGUUUUGGAGAUAUGCUGUACCCUUACGUCGAAGAAAUGUUAUUAUCAGAUGCAUCCCAGCCACUUGAAAGUCAGAAUUUUUCUCCUGUGGUGCGAGAUGCAGUGAUUACAUCCAAUGGUUUACUGACUGAUAAAUAUAAAUAUAUCCAGAAACUCCGAGAGAGCAGAGAACGUGUUCAAUUACUUUCAAUGAACACGAAGAAGAAGGUUUUAGUUCUUGGAUCUGGCUAUGUAUCUGGGCCUGUAUUAGAAUACUUGUCACGCGAUUGCAAUAUAGAAAUAACAUUAGGCUCUGACAUGAUGAGUCAAAUUAAGCAGUUGGGCAGUAAAUACAAUAUUAAUCCUGUUAGCAUGAACAUUGCUAAGCAAGAAGAAAAGCUGAACUCCUUGGUGGCAACACAGGACCUUGUCAUCAGCUUGUUGCCAUAUGCACUACAUCCCGUUGUGGCCAAGGCAUGUAUCACUAACAAAGUAAACAUGAUCACAGCAAGUUACAUCACACCAGCACUAAAAGAGCUGGAAAAGAGUGUGGAGGAGGCUGGCAUCACAAUCAUCGGCGAGUUGGGGCUGGACCCUGGUCUUGAUCAUAUGUUGGCAAUGGAUACAAUUGACAAGGCCAAGCAAAUGGGAGCCACGGUUGAAUCUUACAUUUCCUACUGUGGUGGGAUUCCAGCCCCUGAACACUCAGAUAAUCCUUUGCGAUACAAGUUUAGCUGGAGUCCUUUGGGAGUCUUGAUGGGCAUAAUGCAGCCUGCUACUUACCUGCUCAAUGGAAAGGUUGUGAAUGUUGCAGGAGGAGUCUCCUUUCUGGAUGCUGUCACAUCUGUGGAUUACUUCCCUGGACUGAAUCUGGAAGGCUAUCCCAACAGAGACAGCACCAGGUAUGCCGAGAUUUACGGCAUUCCAUCUGCUCACACUGUGUUACGGGGAACAUUGAGAUACAAGGGAUAUUCCAAAGCUUUGAAUGGAUUUGUAAAAUUGGGUCUUAUAAACAGAGAAGCACAUCCCUCCCUUCGAUCUGAGGUCAGCUCUCUCACUUGGAAGCAGCUGCUGUGUGAUCUAGUUGGGAUUUCACGCUCCUCCACUUGUGGUGUGCUUAAGGAAGCUGUCCUUAGGAAGCUGGGAGGGGACAGCACCCAGCUGGAAGCUGCUGAAGGGUUGGGUUUGCUUGGAGAUGAACAAGUCCCACAGGCGGAGUCCCUCAUGGAUGCUCUAUCCAAACAUUUGGCCUUCAAACUCUCCUAUGGCCCUAAGGAAAAGGAUAUGGUUGUGAUGAGACACAGCUUUGAUAUCAGACAUCCUUCUGGACAUUUAGAAAAUAAAACCAUUGAUCUUGUGGUUUAUGGAGACUUCAGUGGGUUUUCAGCAAUGGCUAAAACUGUGGGAUUACCCACAGCCAUGGCAGCCAAGAUGUUGCUUGAUGGUGAAAUUGAAGCCAAAGGCUUGAUGGGCCCCUUUUCCAAAGAGAUCUAUGGACCAAUAUUGGAGAAGAUUAGACAAGAAGGCAUUCUAUACACUACACAGAGCACAAUCAAAUUAUAGUUGGGAAUUUUUUUAUUGUGGUCUUCCCAGGCAACAGUGUUCUCAACACUUGUGUGACAAGCUUGUUAAUAUGUUAUUUUAUAAAGUACAAAACUUGAUAUAUUUUGAUUAAAUCAAUACAAUGGUGUUUUAGAAAUUUAAAUCUCUUUUAAAAUGAAAAUAUUUGGAAUAAGAGUUAUCAGUCACUAACAAAGAACUUUAAUACUAUUUCUUCUGUGUAUUUUUCCAUGUCUUUAUAGAAGUGUUAGUGAUUAUGCUAUUUGUUAAUUUAUUGUAGCUCUUUUCUUACAAUAAUAUACUUUCCUGCAGUCAGUAAAUGAAAUUUUAGUGUUGUGGCCAGAAAAAAUACCUCAUAUAAUUAUGUUUUACUAAUUUUCAAAUUAAUCAUUUCAGAUUUUUAAACUACUUAUCUAAAAACUUCUACAAAAAUACUACUUUAUACCUUUUUAAAUUUUUAUACCUGUUAAAAUUUAUAAUAUAUUAAGUAUAUGGCUUUUUAGAAAAUUUCUCUUCAAUAUUUGGAAAAGGGAACAUAUGACAUAAAAAUCACAAUCCACACAAUCCCUUCAUUAGGUGAAGAAAAAGGAUUUAACAAAUUUCAACAUCCUUUCAUCAUAGGAGCUUCCUCAACCUGAUAAAAUAUAUCUAUGAAAAACUCACAGCUUGUAUCAGUUAAUGGCAAAAGAUCAACCUACUUUCUGCUACAAUUAGAAACAAGAAUUUCUGUUCUUGUUACUACUAUUCACUCUGUACUCUGAAAAUGAAAGUUACUUAGAUUGGAAAGGAAGAAAUAAACUUCUAUUUGCCAGUAAUAGGCAUGAGAAUCUAUCUACAGGGAAUCUAGAAAAUCCAAAGGCAUACCCAGAACAAAUAAUAAUAAAGAAAUUCAAUAGAUUAUAGAAUACAGAGUUUUGUUGUCUUUCUAUAAAGUAUUAAUGAAUGCACUAAAGUGAUAUUCAGAAAAUAAUUUUCGAUAGCAUUAAAAUAGUAAUAUAGGCUAAACACUAUUUAUGAUUAAUUGCUUUUUUAAAAAGGUGCUGAGAAAAUUUAAUGGGGGAAAUAAACUUUUUCACCAAAUGAUGUUUGGAAACUUGAAUAUCUGCAUACAAAUAAUGAAAUUGGACCCCUAACUCGUACCAAAUAUUAAAAUUAACUAAAAUGGACUUAAUACCUAAAUCUUAUAUUUGUCUAACACUAUAAAAUUUUAGAAGAAAACAUUAGCAUAAAUUUUCACAUUGUGUAUUAUGCAAUGGUUUCUUAAAGGGCAAUAAAAAAUAGCAAAGGAAAGAAUAGAUUGGACAUACUAAAAAUUAAAAUCUUUUGCGCUUCCAAGGACACUAUCAAGAGAACAAAAACCCACAGAAUGAGAGAAAAAUUUUAUACAUCGUAUAUCAGGUCAGGAAGAAGCAUGUAUCUAGAAUAUAAAAAUACUGUUAUAAUUCAGUCAUAAAAAGACAUGUAACCCAGUUUAAAAGUGAACAAAAAGAUUUGAAUUGAAAGUUCUCCAAAGAUACAAAAAAGAAGUCAAUAGGCACACAAAAAGAUUCUCAACAUCACUAGCCACCAGGAAAUGUAAAUCAAGCCAAAGUGAGAUACAUUUUAUUACUCUGUAGAAUGGCUACAAUAAAACCAUAAUAACAAGUGCAGUGUGAGAGUACAAAGACACUGAAGCUUUCAAACACUGCUGGCAUAACCAAGAUCAGUGAAAGGAUGUCUAUACAAAAAUGUACAUAAAUCUUUAUAGCACAACUAUUAAAAUUAGCCAAAAAUUGAUGCAACCUAAGUGCCUAUCAACUAAUAAAUGAAUAAACAAAAUGUCAUCCAUAUAAUGAAUAUUAUCCAGCAGUAAAAAAUGAAGUGCUGAUAUAUGCUACAAUAUAGAUGAAGAUUACAUGCUAAAUAAAAGGAAACAAAAGGCCACAUAUAUCAUUUCACUUAUGUGAAAUGCCGAAAACAGUCAAAACAGUACAGAGAAAGUAGAUAAGAGGUUACUCUUACGGUUGGGAGUAAAUGGAUUGACUGCUAAUGAGCAUAGUGUUCUUUUGUGGGUAUGGAAAAUAUUGAAGAAUUGAUCAUGGCAAUGGUGACACAACAUCGUGGUUUAUACUACAAACCACUGAAUUGUAUACUUCAAAAGUGUGAACUGUACAGCAUGUGAAUUAUACCUCAAAUUGUUAUGAAGAGACUGAAUUUAAGAGAACUUUGUUGUUUCUUUCCUUGUGGGAAAUACUUUUACUUUUAAAGGUGUAUGUCAGUCACUUGUCUGACUUUCACAAA